AUGGAGGACUUUGGGGCCAUCAGCUAUAUCCAGGCCAGUCACACUUGGCCCUCAGGAAGGAAGGGGCUUCUGGUCUCUCAGCCCUGGCCCAGAGGAUCAUCUCCCCUCUACUGCCCAGGCCUGAAGGAACCUGGUACUUCAGUUCUUAAUUCUUUCAGAGUGUCCUUCCUCUCUUCUACACACACUAGAAACCCCACCUGCGGGCCGUUGUGCGACCGUCGUCCCAGGAGUGCCACUGACCCAGAACUUCCCCCACACACCUCCCUGGCCAGCCUUGAGGCUCUCCUGCUCAAUGCCUGGCAAGGCUCCGGCCCUGUUGGGCCAAAGGCUCUGCCUUCAUUUCCCUUCCCAACCAUCUGCGCAGAUCCACCCAGCUGCCUGGAGUCCCCAGACCCGGACACAAUUUCUGUCCUUUUGCCAGAAUGA